AUGGUAUCUGCACGGAGUUACCAGGAUGAGGAAGAACAGGUGGGAUCGUUUCCGAAGGACUUCGGGUACGGGGACUUUGAGCAUGAGAAUGACGGGAAUCGGGUGUCAGAUGAUAAGCCUCGCAUUCUACUGAUGGGGUUACGACGUUCCGGCAAAAGCUCCAUCCAGAAGGUGGUCUUCCACAAGAUGUCCCCCAACGAGACACUCUUCCUCGAGUCGACGAAUAAAAUUGUGAAGGAUGACAUCAACAACAACAGCUUCGUGCAGUUUCAGAUUUGGGACUUUCCGGGGCAAAUUGAUUUCUUCGAUCCGACCUUCGAUUCGGACAUGAUAUUCGGUGGCUGUGGCGCACUGGUGUUCGUAAUCGAUGCUCAGGACGAUUACGUCGAGGCAUUGACCAAGCUGAACCAGACCGUCACCAAGGCGCACAAGGUCAACCCGCGCAUCAAGUUCGAGGUAUUCAUUCACAAGGUGGACGGUGUGAGUGACGAUUUUAAGAUGGAAUCCCAAAGGGAUAUACACUCGAGAGCAACGGACGACUUGAUUGAUGCAGGACUCGAAGGUGUCCAUUUAAACUUUCAUCUAACGUCCAUCUACGAUCAUUCAAUCUUUGAAGCGUUUUCGAAAGUGGUGCAAAAGUUGAUACCUCAGCUAGCUGCACUUGAGAAUCUGUUGAAUCUGUUUAUCCACAAUUCCGGCAUUGAAAAAGCGUUCCUGUUUGAUGUGGUAUCGAAAAUCUACAUCGCAACCGAUGCGACUCCGGUCGACAUGCAAAGCUACGAGCUGUGUUGCGACAUGAUCGAUGUGGUGAUUGAUCUUUCCUGCAUCUAUGGCUCUCGGGACAAUCCGGAUGUGCCUGCGUUCGACAACCAAAGCUCGAGCAUUAUAAAAAUGAACAACAGUACGGUGCUGUACCUGAGGGAGGUGAACAAAUUCUUGGCCUUGGUGUGCAUUAUCCGGGAGGAGAGUUUCUCUCGGCAAGGUGUGAUCGAUUACAACUUCCUCUGCUUCCGUGAAGCCAUAACGCAAGUUUUUGAGCUUCGCUUUAAGCACCAGAAGCUGGAAGCGGUCGAACAAGACUCGGACAAUUUGGAAGAUCUACGAGAUUUUGAACGGGGGGAUGUUAUACCGUCCAUGAAGCGGUUCCAGGAUUAA